AUUUCAGCCUCUACCUGACAGCCGAUAGAAGAGUCUGCUCCUGCAGCUCGCUUUUCAGCAGCAGCAUCUACAUAGCUUCUUGCUGCUCCUUGUUUCGAACUCAAAAUAACGCAAUGGCCGACGAGUUUCCAGCCGACCAAGAGCAAGCUGCUCGUGUCCUUGCAUCUUUGCGGCAACCUAAGUCGAAAGUGAAGAACUGGGACUGUCCCUACCUGGACGAUAAUUCGGGGCAGAUGGUCUUCUUCUUCAAGAGCCUGAUCACCUUGAAGAGUUCGAAUUAUCAUCGGGCCUUGUCCUCUUUGCACAUCACGUUGCGCGACCUGUAUCAUGUGCAUCUCGAUCGUUUUAAGACCUCGGGCAGUGCAGCUGACUUGGUAGCAUUUCUAAGAGUCUUCUCGUUGAAGUUGAGGAGUCAGCUGCUGUAGUAGUUGUAGCGUGGCUCUGAGUGAACUUGCGCAUCUUCGAACUGUAAGGCUUUUCGAGGAUCUCCCCUCCUGUUUUGACCUUAGGAAGUUGGUUUCUGUAGAUGACUUCCCACGAACUCAUCUCCAACUCAACCACCAUAAGAGUCCUUCUAUCAAUCCCUUGCUUUUACCUUCGUUACAGGCUUACAUUCUCGCCUGGAUGAAAGCAGAUGAUGGAGCAGCGUUUAUUCAAAUUAUUUCCGCGUGCAGUUUCAAACAUCUGCUCGAUGGCCUCGAUUUGAAUACUGCUGAGGCAGUCGGCCAACGCAUUGAGGAUUGGGCUCAGCAGCUCCAUAAUAUGAACCGGAAGCGUAAUCCAAAGGAACAGCUAAAACGAGAGCAGGUGCUACCUCGGUUACUUCUACAAGUGUUGGAUUUAGGAUAAGGGUCGCGAUCUUCUCUUUUUAUAUUCUCCUAUAAUAGAUUUUUCAGACUUCUGCUCUAGUGGAUUAUAAGCGCGUCAAGCACUACUAUAGAUUCUCUCUUUCUUACCAUAAAGAUACCUUAAAGAAAUCCAUCCAAAACGCACCUCUGCCAGCAACUUGCGCUGCGGGUUAUCAUGAGGAACAUGCUCUAUCUUCGUCUGCAGAUGCGAAAUUUUUCCAAUCUUGGGGCGAGGUUAACAGCAGGCGCGUUUCGUAUGCCUUUAGGCAGUUCGACCGGCCAGCUAACUCUAUGCUACGACUACAGUGCGGCGCGCAAAAGCCAUACGUUCGCGAUGAACGUAGUCACUUUUUAGACCGGACCUCCGCCCUGUUAUGUCCUCAUGGUUUUAGAUCUUCUCGCCGUUGCAAAGAGUAGAACUUCCUCGAAGAGCUUCAUGAUUUAAGUAGUGUCCCUUCUUGUUGUGCUUCUGACUACUUCAAGUAUUGAGUCUACUGCUUCCUCAGUUUCAACUUCGAUGAGAUUCCAUCCUUUCCCUGACUCAUUUCCCCGUCCUUCCCCCUGCAGGGAUUUUUCCUCGAUGACGUUUCAAUGGGUCUCCCGGGAGAGGACGUUGAGAGCAGCUACGACGAGUUGCACUUCGUCCCACUACCACUAUCCAACGCCCGGAAAAACUGCCUGAAGCGCAGAGAGAACCUUGACGCGACGGUCUUUAGUGGUGUGGCAUUCCUCUACUAUACCACGAUGAUUUUCGGGGUCGAUUCUAUGGCGAAGCUGAAGUGCAACCGCGACACUUCUUGGGAGCAGGUUGACAUCGAUUGCCUCAGUCCGGGCGGCAACGCAUUCAACAUCAACGUGCUACCGGAUCAGGGCAGUUCGGAGUGCCGUUUUGGCCAGUUGGUUGGGCAGCUUUACCCUGGCACAUUCCGUUUCGGUGUGGAUCACAGAUUGUCCAACAACUGUAAGGGCCUCACGAAGGGCGCCGCGGAGCUCUCCUCGGGCUGGCGCAGCUACUUGUGUGGCCCUCGGAGCAGCAAGGAGAAUCAGGGAGACUUCUUCAAGACGUGGGAGUCUCUUCUAGACGAAGCACGUGCUGGUGCUCAGAUAGCGGCUCGAGCGUAUGGGCCUGAGCUUAUCAACGAGCAAAACAAAGCUACCCUCGAGGAAGCUCUGGAAAAACGUACUUGAUAACUAUUCUGUUUUCUCAUGUUAGGAUGCAGCUGAAUAUCUAGGAUUCUACUGGUGUUUGAGACAUUGGAUCUAUGUAGAAACGAACCUUAACAGGACUAGAAAUUGACGACUUAGAAUGCAUUCUGACCCCAAGAGGACCCCCCUAAAACUCCUCGAUUCUGGUAGGUCUCUGAAUUCUAGCAGUAGCGCAUGGUGGAGUGAGGGUAUUAAAAGUGUCAACUAAUACAGACCCCAAAACAGCUCUUAAAACAUGCUCUCAGGUGUAGAGCUCUAUCACGGGACCAACGCCCGUUUCUUCCGUGACACGACGACUUGCGACAUGUUUUUGAAGGACCGCUACAAAGUCCUCUACGUUUUGAAGGCGGUGACGGGUCGAGCAGUCGCUGCUGCCCCUCGUCGUGGACGUCCUGCAGGUCGGGUUGCGAGUGAUGACGAAGCAGAUGAGACGAUGAAUAUGCUCGACAUCGAUACGGAGGACUCCGAAGCAGCCAAGAAGAGUAAGAAACUGUUCUGCGGCAACGUCGAGGACAUGUGCACGCUGCUAGAGGAGACGAAGAUGGAAGACCUUCGUGCGCAGCUCGACGUCAGUCAAGGCCAUUACGAUUACUUCCUGCUGUUGGAAAAGCUGAACACUGCGCACGCUUCGUCUGCUUGUCUUGAUGACCCUGCGAUUUUGGCUUCCGCACGUAAAUUCCUCGGUGACCAUUUGCUUGCGGAUGACGCCUUCUCAGCGCCUGACGUUCAGGAUUUGCUUGCUGCGAAUCGCGAUCGUAUUUGGCGCAUUUUGGCUGCGGACGCUUUUCAAGCAGGCAGAAAAUCCGCAUCGCAUGCUGCUGCAGCACUGACCUUGGUCGGCAGGGUCAUCAACUGCUACUUCUUCGAUACCGCAGACCCGCAGCAUGGUCUUUGGGAGUCGUUCAUCCACGGUCGCGUUGAGGUUCCGGCUGUGUCGUUACCUCGUCUGGCUACUUGCUGGAGCUUCCCUCUGUCGUACCACACGAAACGCAUGAUGCGGUGCCUCAAGGAGAACAAGAUGCAGGAAUUGAAGACAGCAGUAACGCAUAGCAACCGCAGCUAUCCCAUCACCGAGUCCGAUAUCGAGAGGAGGUUCAAGGAGAGGCGGGUGCAGGAUAAGACAAACUGCUCCGCUUUGCACAGUGGGGCUUCGAAGCAGGUGCAGCAGACUCGCAGGCAGCACCCACGUUACCCAUGUAUCGCCGCUGCAUCAAAGUACAAGACGCCUAUCCUGCUUCCUCACACCGUUGAGGAAAAGGCAAAUGAGAUCGCUUCGCUUGGUCUAUCGCAGGAGCGAUUGCGGUCCGAUGUCGCUCUGGUAGAGGAGCAACAGCGCGCAGGUGCUACAUCCGAGAGUGCUUUUUUGACCGGGUGGUUCGACAAGUUCAAACGUGGACUGGAGCACCUGACGGAUUACCCGCGCCAGCGUGUUGAGGCCUGUCUUGUUGACCUCGUCGAUUUACUCAAGGAGGACACGGCCACAGUAAAAGCAGAGCAUCUCGGGUUUCGUGGUGUAGAGGCGUUGGUGAUUUUGGAGCGUGGUGCAAUUGUCACGUCGGCGCAGCUCCGGUUCUACGAGAUGAUCAGCAAGCAGCUGGCCAGCCUGAAACUCGUCGAUGCGAAGUUGAAGGAGAAGGGAUUUGUUAUCAUUCGAAAACAGAACAAGUACUACUCAAUCCACAGGCACUACAGCGGCUACAUCAUGACCGUCGAUCUACAUCAUGUUGCAAAUAGGUUGACUUGGCCGAGUACGCAGCAGGAUACGAAGUUCGGCUGUGGUCUCUUGUGCUUCUUCGACGUUUAUGAUGGUGGAUAUCAGGUCGGAAUUGGUGGUGCUGCAGGUCUCUUCAUCGAGUUGUAG